AUGCAUCUUCCAGCAAGUUUGGCCACUUGUAACGUUUCCGAGGAAGCGUUCCUUCCCAGAGCCACCAUGAAUGAACAUUUACCAGGAUAUUCCUCCCAGGUCUACAACAUGCUGGACUACCAAACUCUGAACAUACAAAAGGAACACCAACCGGGCGAGUUGGUGAGGACGAACAGUCCGUUUUUCCUGUGCUCCACGAUCCCCAACCACUGGCGUUCGAACAAGGCCCUUCCGUCGGCCUUCAAGGUGGUAGCCCUGUCCGAAGUGACCGACGGAACGAAGGUCUACGUGUACGCGGGCAACGACGAAAACUACAGCGCGGAAAUGCGAAAUUGCUGCGCCGAGAUGAAGCAACAGGUUGCCAGAUUCAACGAUCUUCGGUUCGUCGGAAGAAGCGGCCGAGGAAAAUCAUUUUCUCUGACGAUCAUUAUAAAAACGGAUCCUGUUCAAGUGGCAACGUAUAACAAAGCUAUCAAAGUGACAGUUGAUGGACCUAGGGAACCACGAUCAAAACAAAUUUGUUUCAUAGACGGACCGCACACGCCGCAAGGCUACAGGGUGUUCCCGGCUUUAGGGCCCCGGCCAUUAGACCCAACUUUUGGACACAUUAGUAACUUAGAGGCUAUGAAAAGUCGAGGGAUCACUUCUUCGCAGAGUAGUGAUGGUUCUCAGAGUUCUUAUAAGCAAGAAUCUCAAGAUGGAGGAUAUUGCCCCCCUUCCACGUGGCAUGAAUAUUCCCACAGCACCCCGUAUACUACUGGAUACACACCGAAUGGUUUUGAUCCUCAUUUGCAGGAUAGCGCACCUCUACUUUUACCUACAGUGGUGAGCAACUACAGCUCCCAGGAAUACAUCAACACAUCUUUGACCUCCCCUCCCCCGCCGCCCUCGAUAAACAGCAUACGAUCGGACAUGGAGGGGGGGACGGGGGCACCGCGAUACGAACAGAGCUCCCCCUACUGGCAGACCCCCUGGACGGCAUCCAACUACUACAUAAGCAACAACAACAACCAGCAAUUUAUCAACCAGCCCCCCCUCAUCAUGUACCCCCCGACGAGGUCCUUGGAGUACCCCCUCACCCCCGCGGGGGACGUGCAGAGCUUGAACCCCCCCGAGGUGGAGAGGGCCACCGAUACUAGCACCUUGGAGGUGUGGAGACCGAUCGAUUAUUUACAUUAA